AUGUUCGCAGCUAUCGCAUCAGGGAACCCAUUACAAUCAUCUGUCGAAGUAGCCAAUUCGAAUGGACUACAACAUACAAUUGUUUUAUCAUCAACGAAACCUAAAUCCUAUUCACAUAUAACAUUAUUUAUAUUACCCAAUGUUACAUUUCCACCUAAUUAUCUAGCGACGGUAUAUUUCAAACUGGGACCCCUAGAAGAAUUCAAAUUAUUUGGUUAUUUAAGUGCUGAGAAACCUAGUGCUAUAUUUAAAGUCAAAUUACCAAAUUCAAGCUCUACAUCACAAACCAAUGGAUAUGGAGAUGGUCUGGGAGAGAUUGAUAUGGAUGAAGAUGCUGAGCCGAAUAUUAAUGGAAUGAAUGCUCAAAACAAUAGUAAUAAUAUAUCCGAAUUAAUAAUAGGGAUAUCCAUUGAACCUAGAGAAGAGGGAAUGACGAAAUUACAAGAAUGGAAGAAUCAAAUGAAUGCACAAAGAAGCGAAGGGAUGUCAGAAUCCUCGAUGGCAUUGACAAGACCGUUAAUGUCUAGUAGGAAUAUAGCGACAGCAGGUCAACUUGCCAGAGUAUAUCCAGCUCUAACACAGGAAUUGGCCGCUAAGAUUGUUCAACAUGCAUAUAAUUAUCUAUCAGGGUUUCUGGAUUCAGCUGGUAAUGUGUCCAUUAAGAGGUUUGAUACCUGGUGGGAUAAAUUCAAGAAAAGAUUAGCCAAUGAUGGUACCUUUUUGGACGAAGUUACAAGUAAUUAG